GUUUUCUCACAGAGCGAGGGCACUCACUUUUCUUUAAAUCAGCAUUUUACUUUUUAUCUUUGAAGAAAAUUUUACAGUCUAAAUUUCAAGACAGCUAAUGUGACUAUAACUUUGGAUGGUAGCAAUCAAACCCAGAAGCUGUGACCUCGACAGAAGCCAGCUGCAGCUGGGGCACAAGCCCUCGAGGAACCGCAGCUCGGACGGAAGAAACCCAGCCUUUCCCGUGACAGUUACCAACCCGACGGUUCUCCGGUGGGGGCGGGGCCACACAGCUAAAGGAAGCGUCCUGAGUCUCCAUGGAAACUGGGCCCAGAGGCAGUCCUAGCUUGGAGAAGGAAUCCCACGAAAUCUGCCCCCCCGGAUUACUGGUGUUCAGCGGCUGCUCUGAGAAGGAUGCCAACUUGGCUAAGCAGUUUUGGCUCGGGGCGUCCAUGUAUCCCCCGGCCGAAUCUCAGCUGGUGCUGCCCCGAGGCAGCAGUCAGCGGCUACCGGUGGCGAAGUCGUCUAAAUCCCUGAGUGAGAAAUACUUUGGCCAGGCCUUUCCCUUUCAUCAUAACAAGGAGACAACUGCCUUUGAUAUAACCCAAAAGAUUGAGGAAUCUGAAGAGAAAGCAAAUUAUCUCGAAAAGAAGCUUUUCAGUUUCAUGAGGCCCCAUUUAUUGAUUGUUGCUCUGAAAAACAAGGAAAUCGUGAAAUUUGCAGCUAAAUGGUGGGAACUGGAAAGGAUCAACCUCAGUGAGCUUUCCCGGAAGCAGAAAGACACACACGGUAUAUACUCACUCAUAUAGACAUAUAAUAUAGGAUAAACCUACUACAAUCUGUACACCUAAAGAAACUAAUCUAGAGGGAGGACUCUGGCUAAAAUGCUCAAUCCCCAUUGUGAAAGGCGAAGAGGAUGGACAUCAGAAGAAGAAGAAAACAGGAAACAAGUUAGGAGCCUCCCACAGAGGGCCUCUGAAAGGCUCUGCCCUGCAGACUGUCAAAGCAAAUAUUGAGACUUAUGGCCAAACUUUGGGCAGAAUGCAGGGAAUGUCAUGGAAGAAGUGGGAAAUAGAUCUGGAGAGGACAGGAGGUCCACAAGGAGAGCAACAGAACCAAAAAAUUUGAACACAGGUCUUUCCUGAGACUCAUACUCCAAGCAAGUACCAUGCAUGGAGAUAGCCUAGAGCCCCUGCACAGAUGUAGCCCAUGGCAGUUCAGUGUCCAAGCGGGUUCCAUAGUAAUGGGAACAGGGACUGCUUCUGACAUGAACUGAUUGGCCUUCUCUUUGAUCACCUUCCCCUGAGGGGGGAGAAGCCUUACCAGGCCACAGAGGAAGACAAUGCAGCCACUCCUGAUGAGAUCUGAUAGAACUAGGAUCAGAAGGAAGGAGAAGGAGACCUCCCCUAUCAGCGGACUUGGGGAGGGGCAUGCGUGGAG